AUGCUCGUCAAACUUGCCAUCCUCUUCCCCUUGCUCGCCUCUGUUAUCGCUGCUCCUGUGCUCUCCGCCCGCCAGGACCAAGAAGAGGACGACAACGAGAACCGCAACACAAUCGCCAAUGACGACGACGGGGUCAUCUUCUCGCCCCGCAACGGGUCCAGCAUCGCUCGAGGGUCCACCUUUAACUUCACCUAUUCGGUCGAUGACGAGGACACCACCCGGGCCGACAUCGCUCUUAUUCGUUACGUUCGAGUAGGAGGUGAUAUCGCUGCUAGCGGAGCCGACGGCUCAAGGUCGGUCAACACCCAGUUGACCCUCCCCGCUGGUAUCGCUAGCGGACGCUACUUGCUUGCGGUGGACGAGGUCGAGGGCGAUGGUGAUGAUGAGGACGAGGAGACUUCUGUCGGCAAUGACUGGUCAGAGUAUGACCUUGUCACUGCUACCAACAAUGGUGUCAAGUCCCCUUACUGGAUCAACGUCGCCAGACCAUCCACCAGGCGGUCUUUGGUCGCUCGCCAGCAGGAGGAGGACGGGGGCGGAGAGGAGGAAGAGGAAGGUGACUCGGAGAACGAGCAGGAGGCUCAGACUGCCAAUGAGAAUGAUCGGGACAAUGACAGGGAGGAUCUCGACGACGACUCGAACGACGAGAAUGGCGACGGCGACUCUUCCAACCUCCUCUCUCCCUCAAACGGUACUGCCAUUGCCUCCGGUGCCACCUUCAACUUCAACUACGCUUGCGAUGGUGAUUGCCAGGCUGUCAGGCUUGCUCUUGUCCGCUUCUACCGAGUCCUUAACAACACCGCCGUCUCUAGUCGUGAUGACCAGAAGUACAUCCGUACUACCAUCACCCUCCCCGCCACCCUCCCUGCCGCCAACUAUGUCUUGGCAGUUCGUGAGCGAGAUGGGUUAGAGGAUGAGGACGAGGAGGAGAAUGACCGCUCCACCAAUGCCGGCCAGUACUUCGACCGCUACUUUGAUUACGACAUCAACUUCAAGAGCUUCACGGAGGGGAAUGUCGCCAACUCCGAUGAUGGCCGGUUCGUGAUCAGAGUUGUCAAUGGUACUACCACAGCUUAG